AUGAGGCUCAUAAGUCAUAGGGUUUGCUUCAUUCUUGCCAUUGGAGCUCUAGUGUCGAUGUGCCUCUUCAAAUCUCACCAUCUCCGCCUCUUUUCAUGGUUAUUGAGUAAGUCUUGCAUAGAAAUUCUAGGAAACAGAGAAAGAGAUUGUGAAGAUGAUGAAGGCAGUAACGAAGAUGAACACACAAAGUUAUGGCUUCUUCAGCAUGCCUCCAUAAGCAACAUUUUCUCUUUAUUCCUCCCAGCACACCUCUCAUCUCUCUUGCAACAUGUGAAAUCAAAGCUGCAGGAAGGGAAAAGGGAAAUAAAAGCAGUGGCUCUCAAGGUGUACUCAGCAUAUGCUCUUGGACCAACAAGGCUAUAUCCUAAAGCCGGAGUAGACCGAAAGGAUCUCAAGAGGAAAUUUCCUAAAUUCAUAUAUAAUGAGGACACAGCUGUGGAGAAAACUUGGAAGGUACUGGGCUGGAAAUUCACUCAGCUCAACUCUGAUAUGGAGGAUGCGACCUCUCAGCUAAAAACAGGAGAUACCCUCAAUGGUGCAGCUCUAAGAACCGAUGAAGUUGAGGCUGAUGGAACUUGGAACAAAGCAACUAUUCCUUAUGUGACAAAGGCAUUACAGGAAAUACUUAGGUGGAAACUUAAAUUUACUAAGAACUAA